CGGAGCCAUGUUGGAUGGAACCGCCGGCGCCGAGCGCUGCAGACCGAGGGGCCGCCUCAUGGCGACCGACCCAGUCCCGUGCACCGUCCGCAGCCCUGUGACGCUGCAGGUGGGAGACGUGAAGACGGACCUGGCUCGGCCUGGUGUGUCCGUCAUCGAUGUGGCCUUGCCCUCCGCCCAGCCCCUGGAUUUGCAGGAAAUCAUCUUUAAAAACUCCUACACGGCUUUCCUGACUGUGCGAGUGCAGCGGCGCCGCCCCUGUGAUGUGGGGCGCGAUGGUGCCAGGAAGUGGGUCACCUGCUUGUGGAAUCACUGCCUGAUGCCCAGCCCACACACAGAGGCUGGCUCCCAGGAUUACUUCUCUCUCUCCAGGCAUCAGUUGCUGUGUGAUGUGGAUCAGGUGACUGCCGUGCGUUUGAUUCUUCGCCAGCCCUCGCCCGUUUGGCUGCACUUCACCCUGGAGGAGCUGCGGCUCUACCCCAGGGGCCAGCAGAGCCUGCAGAGAGACUUCCCAUCCUGGCUGUCCCAUCUGGCCCCCCAGCAGCAGCCAGAAAACCUGCAUGGGGGUGUCCCCGACCCGGAAAAGGUGUCUACCGAAGUCCAGCAGCUGUGGGUACUAACGGAAAUGAUCCGCGCCAACCAGACAGCAGCCCGAAUCGGGCGUUUUGACGUGGAUGGCUGUUACGACAUCAAUCUGCUCUCCUACACCUGAGCUCUGGCCCAGACUGGCUGCCCCAUCUGCACAGCAUGUUUCCUUCAUCACUGAUCAGAGUCUGCCUCAGGUCUCCCCAGUCAAGAGGGUUGUUUUUUCUCCCUCCCUGUUCUGUGCUCCCUCAGCCUCCCCCACAGCAUCUUCUGGGCUUCUUGGCUCUGGCCAUAUUCCUCUGUCUGCAUCUCCCUGGGGCCUGCGGACUUUCUCUUCUCCCGGCACUGCAUAGCUCCCUGUUCUGGGCCCGGCAGGCAUGUCCUCCAGCCUCCUGAUCAAAUCACCUUGCGGGUGUUUGACAGAGCGCCCCCCACCCACCUUGGGAAUUUCAGAUGAAUCCUGCUUCCAGGGGGAUCUGGGGUGCCAAUAAACCUAGGGUGGGCGAAGCUCAAGGGACGUGCUUGGCUCCAGGAACAGAGUUACUGCCCUGAAUGCUAGAUCAGAGCCCUGCUCCUCUGAGCUUGGAGCUGCCUGGGGCUGAUGUGCUGCAGGCAUGGGAAUCAGCAGACAGGGGAGGGACUGUGAUGUUCCCUGGUUCUUGCCAUUGCCUGUGGCUGUGCAGUGGGAGGUGCUACCUGAAAGCCACAGGGCUACUUUGACAGUUUUUGUCUAUUCUCCCUGUUCUGGUGGGGUACAAGCGGUACAGGGCUGGGGCAUGGCGAGGAGGGACAAGGAAUGUCGGUUGGAGCCUUCCUGGCUGCAGAUUUUAGCAAGGUUGCAGGGCUCAGAGCCUUGGAUGGGGAGAGCUGUCUGUGGGCUCUUGAGAUCCUCAGCACCAAUGGCAAUCAAAGCAUACUACCCCAGAACCCAGUCCAGACACCCCCCAUUGCUC